AUGUUAGCAACAACUUCACCAAACUCUUUAGUUAUGAACCCAACUUCAAUGUUAGUAGAGAUGAAAAGCUUCAUUCCUUCUUCAUAUACUUUUGAGACAGAAAUCCAGAAGAUAAAGCAAGAACUUCUCCAAGGAGAUUUAGAUUGCACUGCAAAAGAUGAAACAAAUGAAGAAUAUCUUUAUGAAAUGCAGGACCUCAUCGACCAUUUGCCUAAACUUCCUGAAAUACAACAACAAAAGCUCACUAUUCCAGAAUUCGAUGAAAUAGAAGUAAAAACAACCGACUCGGUAGAAAUAAAGAAGUUCAUACGUAAGGUUAACUAUGAGUUUCUAGGAUUUCAUUGCAACCAUAAGGUUAUGGACAAAGAUUGCGACAUGGUAUAUAAGAACAUCUCUGACAUAUAUAAAUCUGGGGAGUUUAAGACCUACGACAACUUUGUUUCGUUAGUUGCUGAAUGUGUAUGGCAGAUAAGAGAUAAAGAUAGAAGAGGUAAAGUAUGGAACGAACAGAUAAAACCAGCAACUUUUGAAUUUAAGAGGACCAUUGACGCUAUAGUUGUACUUGCAGGACAAAUUUCAAUGUACAAUGCUAAAAUGAACCCACAAUGUUCUAAAUGUAAAGCAGCAAUGAGGAAAUAUAACUACUCCGUCAAAGAGAUAGAACGUAUGCGAAACGACUAUGCUGACUUAAAGAAAGAAGUAGAGAAACCAGCAGAAGAUAAAAUGGACAUGUUAGCAUUUCUGAACAAAAACUAUCCAACUGCAGAAGAUUUCCUUUUAUCUGACGUCAAGAAGAAGUAUAAAGAAACUUUCGGUAUCGUUAAAACAUUCGAUGUACUGACAGAAGAAAUAGAAGCUACAAAAUUGUUUAGAGUCAUGAACCAUCGCAACAUAUACCAUGUAAAACGCUUGUAA